AUGGAGGAUAAAAGAAGGGUCAACAUCCUUUUGGUUAGAGAUUGUUGGAUUGAAGAUGGCUGGGAUUUCACUUAUCUUAAAGAGCUAGUAGGUGAGACGAAGGCAGCAGAAGUAGGUCAAACCAUUGAGGCUGGAAAAGAAGGGAGUGGUAUGAUCAUAUGGAAGCCGAAUGACAAUGGAGAAUUCUCAACUUCAAGUGCUUGGGGACCUUGUGGAGGUGGGAGAGUGAUUAUGGAUCAUUAUGGUAAUUUGGUUGUUGGUUUCUGUGUUAAAUAUGGUUAUGGAAGCAACAAUGAAGCGGAAUUGCAUGUUGUCAUUACUGGGGUAGAGCUAUGCAAAGAGAAGGGUUUUCAACGGGUAGUGUAUAGAGAAGCAAAUAGAGCAAUUGAUCUUCUAGCCAAACAAGGGGCGGAUGGUCUCACGAUGAGAAAAAGACAGAGAAAUGAGAAAACUAUAUUUUUACAACUUCGAGAUGAGGUGAUUGACGACGCUGCUUUGAAUAAGGUGUCUGGAGAAGUUGAUCGUCCCUACACGAAGCAACGACGCUGCUUUGGAGAAGCUUCAAGGGCAUACAAGGAGGUCUCACGGCAUGAAUUUUUUCAGUCUAGUGUGAAAACUUACAAGGAAAAAGCUGAUUGCAACUUUUUGAAGUUUGUAACAUAA